GAGAGAGAACGAGAGAUAGAGACUGUAUACAGAGUUACAGACAAAAUAUACGUAUACAAACUAAAAAGGAAAGAACGGCUGGAAUAAGUGUGCCUUUCAAAAUUACAAAGAUCCGAUCAACAAAUCACUGCAUUCUAACAUCGUUUCUGAGAUUUGCAACUAGGUAGUUAAGAACUUGUUUAGUACAAUCCUUUAAUGGGUGCACCUAAACAAAAGUGGACUCCUGAAGAAGAAGCUGCUCUUAAAGCUGGAGUUCUUAGGCAUGGGCAGGGAAAAUGGCGCACAAUUCUCAAGGAUCCAGAGUUCAGUGGAGUUUUGUAUCUGCGAUCAAAUGUAGAUCUCAAGGACAAGUGGAGAAACAUGAGUGUCAUGGCAAAUGGCUUGGGAUCUAGAGAAAAGGCAAGGUUAGCUCUUAAAAGGAUUCAUCAAACCCCUAAACAGAAUGAGAGCCCAAUGGCACUUGCUAAUGUAGCUCAAAGUGAUGAAGAUACUAGUGAAGCCAAGCCAAUUGCAACUUCUAGUGAUUCUCCACGUCCUGGUGGCUCAAGAAGAUCUAUCAUAAGAUUGGACAAUCUUAUCAUGGAUGCCAUAAACAACUUGAAAGAGUCUGGUGGUUCCAACAAGACAGCUAUCUCUGCCUACAUAGAGGAUCAAUAUUGGGCGCCUCCAAAUUUUAAAAGGUUAUUGUCAGCAAAACUGAAGUAUCUGACUGCAACAGGGAAACUUGUUAAGAUGAAACGGAAGUAUAGAAUAGCAACAACUUUAACGCUGUCUGAAAGAAGAAGAAACACUCCAAUUUCACUCUUGGAGGGAAGACAGAAACUGUCACCAAAGCCUGAUUCUGAUGAUAUUGACAUGCUCACUAAAUCACAGAUCGACUCAGAGUUAUCCAAGAUGAGGAGUAUGACUCCUGAAGAGGCGGCAGCUGCUGCUGCUCAAGCUGUUGCUGAAGCAGAAACUGCCAUAGCAGAAGCUGAGGAGGCUGCAAGGGAAGCAGAGGCCGCAGAAGCUGAAGCAGAAGCUGCCCAAGCCUUUGCAGAAGCAGCAAUGAAGACACUACAGUGGAGAAGCACUCCAAGGACGAUGAUCCGUGCUUGAUGGAUUUGCAAACGGGCGGUCACAAUCUCUGAGGCCGUUUCUGGAUGCCAGCCACUGUUUCUCCAUGGUUGUAAAUAUGAUACGGAGUAGAUUUUUUUGUCUGUAGAAUCAGGUGGUGGAUUAAGAUGCACCUUCUCAUUCUGAACAUUCUUUGAUACAGUACUGGCAAAUCCUUUGAUGGUAUUUGUGUCUGUCUUGUUUCCUCUGCAUUUAGUUCUAGUGGAAUUUUAGGAGCCCCCUCCCCCCCUCCAACAAAAAGGAGAAAUAGAAAGAAAAUGGAAAGGUAGUAAUAAACCACUGUAAAAUGGAAGAGGAUGAAAUAUUCACAGCUUUUUAUGUAGUGUUGAAUGUUGAUAAUUUGUAUUUGUAUGAUGUUUGGGGAUCCCCAAGUUCCAGUACUCAGGAGAAUAAUACCAACCUCUAUUCUAUCAUGUUUAUUAUC